AUGGUGAAAUUAGAAGACACCAAAGAGCACGACGAUGGCCGCGACGUGACCGUCACGGUGGCGCCGGCGCUGCCGGUGCAGGAACACCGCCUGCCGCUGUCCAACCUGGACCUCCUCCUGCCGCCGCUGGACGUCAGUCUCUUCUUCUGCUACCUCCACCCGGCGCCCACCGCGGCCGCUCUCAAGGAGGCGAUGGCCAAGACGCUGGUGGCAUACUACCCGUUGGCCGGGGAGGUGGUGGCCAACGGCGACAGAGAGCCGGAGCUGCUCUGCAGCGGCCGCGGCGUGGACUUCACAGAGACGACCGCGGCCGGCGGCGCCGAGCUGCGGCAGAUCCGUCUGGGCGCCGUGGACGAGGGCGUUGAGAAACUGGUGCCUGCCAAGAAGGCCGGCGUGAUGGCGGUCAAGCUGACCAAGUUCAGGUGCGGCGGCGCCGUCGUCGGGUGCACCUUCGACCACCGCGUCUGCGACGCCUACUCCUUCAACAUGUUCCUCGUCGCGUGGGCCGCAACCGCCCGUGACAGCUCUGCGCUGCCACCGGCCCCGUCGUUCCGCCGGUCCCUCGUCGCCCCACGCGACCCACCACAGCAGCGCGCGCCGUCCACCGACGCCCUCAUCGACCGCCUGUUCUCUCCUCGCAGCGCCGCGCCGCCACCACCGCCACCCGCCGCCACAGGCCGCUCCGUCAACCGGAUCUACCGCAUAGCCGCCGCGGACAUCGCCGCGCUGAAGGCUUCGGCGGGGCCGGGGCACACGAAGCUGGAGGCGUUCACGGCGCACCUGUGGCAGCUCUGCGCCAGGGCGGCGGCGACCUCCGCGCACCAGAUCAGCCAGUGCUGCAUGGGCGUGGUCGUGGACGGGCGCACCCGCAUGUUCCCGGACGGCGCCAUGAAGGCCUACUUCGGCAACGUGCUCACCAUCCCGUACGGCGUCAUCGGCUCCGAGGACCUCCGUCGCAUGGCGCUCGCCGACGUGGCGGGCAACGUGCACCGGUGGGUGGUGGAGGCCGCCACCGGCGACCAUUUCCGGGGCCUCGUGGACUGGGUGGAGGCACUGCGGCCUAAGCCGGCCGCGGCGAGGGCGUACCUGGGAGGAACCGGCGGGAACGAGGCGAUGUCGUGCAUUGUGUCGUCCGGUAUGACCUUCCCGGUGGGAAAGGCCGACUUCGGGACGGGCCUUCCCGCGUUCGCGUCGUACCACUUCCCGUGGCCCGCCGGCGCCGGGUACGUGAUGCCGAUGCCGAGCGCGCGCGGGGACGGCGACUGGGUGGUGUACGUGCACGUGGCGCCGGAGGUGGCGAAGGUGAUGGAGGAGGAGUCCACCGUGUUCCAAGUCCUCGAGAACAGCUACGUGUUUGAGUGA